CAUUUUGAUGAUAGCGGACUAGCAUUUUGGUUAUUUUAUUUUAUUUUUAUUGCUUUAUUCAUAAGACCGAAAACUGUUUACAAGUAUCCUAUUUUGUACAUUUGUUCGCAUCCUUUGAAAAAUGAGUUAACAUGUAAAGGAAUUUUAUAAUCCUUAAAGCGCUACGCAAAUGUUAGUUUGUCAGUAUUAUUAUUAGCCACUUUUGGGGAAAGAGAAUAUGCAUAUAUGUCUCAGUUCCUUCUUGAUUUUAGACGUUAAGUUUUAGGCGCUGCCUCUUUGGGAAUCUCGGUAGGUCUUUGUAAAGUGGCUUUGGGCAUGCUAGGAGCUGUUGUUCCUCCUCAUCCCAGGGGGCGGCCAAGCGGUCGCCCGGUGCUUCUGCGGGAUCUCUCGGGCUCUCCAGAGUUUUCCUUCUCCAGUCUGGCGUUUAAACUGCGAGCGUACUUCCCACAGUAACUUUCCAACGAGAGCUUGCUGGCUUCUUGCAUAAACUACCAGAGGAGACUGUAAUGUUGUCAUACAGACGUCUCUGGCAGCCAAUCAGAAGCAGCGAAAUUAUCUUCAAUUUUUUAAAUGGAACUCUGACGGCCAAUGAGCGGCGCCCGGGCUGGGUGAGGUGCCCACCCCGCUGUAUAAUUACGAGAAAAGCCUUGCCACGGCCUGUGUAGCCCCUCGGGGCCGUGCCCGGGGCUACGGCGCCCGUGCUGGGGUGCUUAGCCAGCAGCCCCGCGGCGCCGCCUGAGGCCUCUCGGCCGGGGCCUCCGCCACUGACCCCUGCUCUGCUUCUCAAGCAGUUACUGAUCUGCAUGUUACCAGCUACUCCAUUCUAUGUAUGAUUUUUAAACCAGUUGUGGAUUCUGGCAAGUGUGUUGUUAACUGGCAAGCCCAAGAGCCUCGGAGUGGGGUGUAUUCUAACUCCUUCCAGCAGAAGUCCAGGACUGUUCAGGGAAGUCGAAGUCGAAGGUGAAGGAGAAGGAAGGGACAUCCGGAGAGGCCUAGACAAAGCAGCCUACGGGGACCCAAAACUUUGGAUGGGGAAGCUGAUGACGCUGAGGCUCAGAGAUUAAGUGACUUCCCCAAGGUCACCCAACUACCAGAAUGUCCACAGAUGGAGGAUUUGGCAGUACCAGCAGCAGUGAUGCUCAGCAGAGCCUACAGUCCUUUUGGCCUCGUGUCAUGGAAGAAAUCCGAAAUUUGACAGUGAAAGAUUUCCGUGUGCAAGAGCUUCCACUAGCUCGUAUUAAGAAGAUUAUGAAACUGGAUGAAGAUGUAAAGAUGAUAAGUGCUGAAGCCCCCGUGCUUUUUGCCAAGGCUGCCCAGAUAUUCAUCACUGAGUUGACCUUACGGGCCUGGAUUCACACAGAAGACAACAAACGUCGGACUCUUCAGAGAAAUGACAUUGCCAUGGCCAUUACAAAAUUUGACCAGUUCGACUUUCUCAUCGAUAUUGUUCCAAGAGAUGAAUUAAAACCUCCCAAGCGUCAGGAGGAGGUGCGCCAAUCUGUGACUCCUGCGGAGCCCGUCCAGUACUACUUCACAUUGGCCCAGCAGCCCGCGGCAGCCGUCCAGGUCCAGGGCCAGCAGACUGGCCAGCAGACCACCACCUCCACCACUACCAUUCAGUCAGGACAGAUCAUCAUUGCCCAGCCUCAGCAGGGCCAGACUACCCCAGUGACAAUGCAGGUUGGAGAAGGCCAGCAGGUGCAGAUCGUCCAGGCCCAGCCCCAGGGCCAGACACAGCAGGCACCAAGCAGCACAGGACAGACCAUGCAAGUGAUGCAACAGAUCAUCACCAACACGGGGGAAAUCCAGCAAAUUCCGGUGCAGUUAAACGCUGGCCAGCUGCAGUAUAUCCGCCUAGCACAGCCUGUAUCAGGCACCCAGGUUGUUCAGGGACAGAUCCAGACUCUUGCAGCUAGUGCACAGCAGAUUACACAGACAGAGGUCCAGCAAGGACAGCAGCAGUUUGGCCAGUUCACAGAUGGCCAGCAGCUGUACCAGAUCCAGCAGGUCACCAUGCCAGCCGGCCAGGACCUCGCACAGCCCAUGUUCAUCCAGUCGGCUAACCAGGCCUCCGAUGGGCAGACCCCUCAGGUGACGGGUGACUGAGCCCAGCUGGGGCCUUGCCCAGCACAGCCGGUGCACAGGGCCAUACAGACUCCAUUUCUGCCGCUGUGGCCUGGCUUGAGUGUCCCACUACCCCAGAGCCUCCUGCGGGCCAAGACACUGGUGCACAUGGCCCUCACUGCGGGCUAGGAAAUCGCCAACUGAAAGAUGCAAUAUUUUUUCAUUUCCUUUUUUGUCUUUUUGGUUUUUGUUUUUUAAAGGAAUCAAUAUUUCAGUAUGUUGAGCUGUAUGUCCAAUGCUAUUGAAAUGGGAAAUAUUCAGUGAUAACAUAUUUAUAGCGUUUUUUGAGGUGUGGCUACAAAAGUCUGCCCUCCUCAUGCCCCUUUCUCCCAAGAGCAGCUCUCCAGGCAUGGGAAAAGCUCCCAGAACAGCUGCCUUAACCUUUCUCGCAACCUCUGGCGAAUGCACCCACCUCUCUAGGUCACUGGGUGGUCCAUCGGUCGCUUCUCCCCUGCCCCUGCCCAGAGCAAAGCACCUGCCUCUGGAAGCUGCAGAAGCAGUCUUCGUGUUCAAGGAUGAACUUGACUCCAGACACAGUGUCUCGUUUCUUCUGGACCCUCCUCUGUCCCAGGAAACUGGGGCUCUUCUCUGCCCUCCCUCCACCUGCCCACCUCCCAUUUUUUCCCCUCAAGAAGCAAAUGAAUAAUUGUGCUCGUCUCCUCCGCUGCAUGGACUUCUAACUGCAUGAAUUAAAUGCAAUGAAUAAAGCUCCUUUUUAGAGAA